AUGCAUCCUACCGUCUCAGCUUCUGCGGUGUUGAUAGGUGCGAUCGUCAUCGCCACUAUCCAGGCUCGGCGCAGACUCCGGAAAAGGAACUUUCCGCCCGGGCCACCUCCUACUCAUUGGUACCCGUGGCUUACGUUUACUGAAUGGAGAGCUGUCUACGGCGAUCUCGUGUAUACAAAGAUGUUUGGACAAGACAUGGUAGUCGUCAACUCAGAGAAGGUCGCUGACGACUUGAUGGAGAAACGCUCUCGCAACUACUCCGAUAGGUUGGACAUGUCCAACAUGCUAGAACCGUAUGGUCUUGAUUAUGAUACAGCUCUGAUUCCUCACGACGACACGCGGCGUGGAAUUCGGCACGUUCUUCAGCAAACGCUACGUCCAGAAGCGAUUCUUGUGUACAAAUCAACGCAGCUCCGCUGUGUGGGAGAUUUGCUACGGAACCUGUCAAACACGCCGGCAUCGUGGUGGAAGCACCUUCGAACGGUUUCUGCUGUGGUGAUCUUGGGUGUGGUUUACGAGCACGAACUCCCUACGGAUCCUGACAGCGACCUCACGUUCCGAGCUGUUGUGGAAGGAUGUGACAUCGGACUUGCAGUCACCUCGACAGGUCCCACUGCACUGAUAACAGCGUUUCCUACUCUGAAAUACGUGCCAAUGUGGAUUCCGGGAGGACGGUGGUUUAAUGCGGCAAAUUGUAAAGGAAUUCCGGAUGUUAUGAUCAGUGCACCCUUCGAUAAGCUCCUGAGGAAGAUCGCAGCUGGUGAAUCAGGACAGUCUGCUGUAGCCGACGCGUUAACCAAAUUCCAAGACACAACCAAAGUAGACAACAUUGAGCGAGUUGUGCGAGACUCGUGCGGCACAGCAUUUGCUGCCAACACCGGCUCAACUCUGAUUGUGUUCGCUUUGGCUAUGGUACUACACCCGAGCGUCCAAAAGCGAGCUCAGGAAGAAAUAGGGCCUGCGAUUUAUCGUGAGACGCUGAGAUGGAAAUCUGUUGCUCCCUUAGCUAUUCCCCAUGCCGCUACGACUCGGAACAAGGAUAUCUACGACGGGUAUCGGAUUCCGAACAGAACUGUUAUCCUGCCUAAUCUCUGGGCCAUGUCUCGCGACUCUACCAAAUAUCCUUCCCCUGAUACCUUCGCUCCCGAGCGCUUCCUUGACGCGAACGGGAACGUGACAGGGGAGACUCCGAACUUCGCGUUUGGCUUCGCGAGUGGAUCGGUGUGGAUCGCUAUUGCACGUAUUCUCGGAACGUUCUCGAUCGAAAAGGCGAGAGACGCGUCAGGAAAUGUAGUCGAGCCAAACCCAGAGUGGACAAAAGGCUUUUCUCGUGAGUAUCCAAAGCCAUUCCCCUGUAACUUCGUUCCUAGAUGGCUAUAG